AAGCUUAAUAGCUUUGACCUGCUGUGCAAGAUAGAACCAACGACUGAAUAUAUGAACAAGCCCCCUAAAACCCUAGUAGAUUUUCUUCAUCAGAAUCCCCAACCUUCUCUCUUAUCGUGCAGCGCCAACUAUCUCAGUCCAGCACAAUGUACCGAGCUCUGAUGCUCAUAGCCCUGUAUCUAUUAGCCCUAGCCGUUACUGCUCUCAAUCCUCCUCCCAACCAACCAGCCAACCAGCCAGCCAACCCACUAGCAAAUCAACAGGCCCUGACACCAGCACGGCUGGCAACCAAGAACCUGCACGAGAACUGCCGAAGCCUACGCAUAGAGAACCCACCCCCACCACUACAAAACACAAAUACCGCAAACAAUCAACCAACGUACGCAACGGAAUGGACAGCCUCCCCGGAAUCAGAAUAUGACAGCGAUGCGUCGACCCUGCGCGGAUCCGAGCGACGCGCUAAUUUGCCUCGGCCACCCAAGCCACUCUUGGUGGGCAAUUGCAAGAAGCGGGACGGCCAGAUCCGGGAGACAAAGCUAUCCUUGGACUAUUGUCUCGGGUGGCGAGAAGAGAAUGGUGGAACUUUGAUUGCGGAGAGCAGGUAGUAUAUAUCUCCCUGGUUUAUUGAGCGGCGGCAUUGGCUAAUAUGUCCCUAGUGGCUUCGGGAUGCGAAGGGGCCAAUGUAGGAGCUGUCGCUACCUCAAAUAUUACUGGGGCGAUUUAGAUUUCAAGAUCAGAUGCUCUUGUGAUGAUGCUUCGGGCAGGGAGGAAAUAUUGUUCUCGACAUGUAAGUCACACUGUCUCGCGUGCUUGGCCUGGUUUCGGUGCUGAAAGACUGUGCAGCGGGAGUGAUAACGUAUGAUAACGAAUCGGGUCGUAUCCGCUGCCACAAUAACCCUGGGUCCUGAAGCGUGUGAGUGAUAGUGUUCGGUCUGAGUAUCAUUUCGGAUUAGGUUCCAAGAGGCUGGUGGGAUUUUGAAUUGCCUUGCCCUGGGGUACAGGCUGUUCGUAUCUGAGGUCUUUGAGUUAUCUCGGUUGGUAGUUCAUUGUGCUAUAGUCGACGCUCUUAGUCAAACUGAAUCCUGCUUCAUGUUCUAUUAAAGAGGUUGGCGGCUACCAACAUGUGGGAAUAGAAACCGGAACAGCACUAGGUCUAUCUGAGCAGACCGACUGAAAAUUGGAAAGACGUUCAUUGUCUUUUAAGUUGUAUAUCUGCGUAUUGCAGGUGAAGGGCACAUGUCUGAUGGAUAAUGAUGAUAGUAUCUAAGUAUAUAAAGGCCUGUUCAUCCUCAUGUCAAUAUUCG